UGAUGAGUCCACAGAUACACGGCAAUGAGCUUCUUGAAGCUUUUCUUCGCUCUAAUCAUUCUUCACGCUCAUGGCGCUCAAAUGCUCACUCGAGCUGCUGUUUUUCGUGAGUACAUUGGGGCUAACUUCAAAAAUGUCCGAUUUUCUGAUGUACCCGUAAACCCUAAUAUCGAUGUCCAUUUCAUUCUCUCUUUUGCCAUUGAUUACACCACGGGCUCCUCUCCGUCACCCACCAAUGGAAGGUUCAAUGUCUUCUGGGAUGAUGAAAAUCUUAGCCCCUCUCAGGUCCUUUCAAUCAAGCGCCAACAUUCGAAUGUUAAGGUCGCGUUAAGCCUUGGAGGGGACAGUGUGGAAGGUAGACAUGCUGUUUUCACGGCUUCUUCGAUAGAUUCGUGGGUAUCUAACGCUGUUUCUUCUCUUACUCGAGUUAUAAAACAGUAUCAUUUAGAUGGAAUCGAUAUCGACUACGAGCAUUUCGAAGGUGCUAGUCCUAACACCUUUGCACAAUGCGUUGGCCGGCUUGUGACGAUUCUAAAGAACAAUCGAGUCAUUUCAUUUGCUUCCAUUGCUCCAUAUGAUGAUGGCGAAGUUCAGAGGCACUACUUGGCUCUAUGGAGGAGUUAUGGACGUGUUUUCGACUACGUUAACUUCCAGUUUUACGCUUACGAUAAGGGCACCACUGUGGCUCAGUUUCUGAGUUACUUCAAUACACAGGCAUCUAAUUACAACGGUGGCAAGCUGUUAGUCAGCUUCAGCACUGAUACGAGUGGCGGUUUGAAGCCAUACAACGGCUUCUUUACAGCCUGUGAGAAGCUCAGAAGUCAGCGAAAACUCAAUGGCAUCUUUGUUUGGUCUGCAGACGACUCCAAAGCCGGUGGAUUCAAGUACGAGAGGCAAUCACAAGCACUGUUAGCCAAGCCUCAGUAGAAAAGGAUAUUAGAGUAAUGGGUGCUUUCGAUUAGUAUCAGUUUGCUGAUAGUUUAGUUUUAUAUGUUUCUUUGAGUCUUUCUUUCCUAUGUAAUAUUUGAGCUUUCGGUUGGAGCUUAAUAACAUUCGCUACAAAAUGAAUUUUA